AUGGCCACUGUAAACACAUGUUAUGUGGCUGCCGCUUGUAAUAGAUGCCCGUAUAGCGCUGACUGGGGAAGAAACGGACUGAUAAUAUAUGGAUAUAGCAGAGCUGUUGCACUUUAUCAGCCUGAGGGCCAGAGUGUUGCUGGAGGAGUAUGUGCAACAUUUGUAGGAAAUACUGAUCGAGUUAACUGUGUGUCUUGGGUCAGAAACAGAUUGGAAGAUGAAACUGAAUUUGUCUCAGGAUCAGUUGAUGGUGGAGUUUGUAUAUGGCGGUUAAAUAAUGACAAGACAAGUACUGAACCCCUGUGUACUCUGAAAGGACAUGAAGGUUCUGUAAUUUGUGUGUCAGCAUGUACUGUACCCAGAAGUGGCAGCUCUACAAGUGAGACAGUGGAAACAUUAAUUGUAACUGCUUCAGCGGAUUCUACUGUUCGGAUCUGGAGCAAAGUAAACAAUGAGGCUACAGAAAAACAGACACUUAAUUUUGGAUCAGGUUUUGCACUGACUGUAGCUGUCUUCAUCAUUCCAGGAACCAGUGUGCCUAUUGUUGCUUGUGGCUGUGAUGAUCAUAAAGUACACUUAUAUGUGGCUGGGGAUGAUGGCCAGUAUUUCAGAGUCCUUGUCUUAUCUGGUCAUGAAGAUUGGAUACGCAGUUUGAAUUUCACUGUUGAUGAUGCUGGAGAUAUUUUAUUAGCCAGUUGUGCUCAAGAUCACUUGAUUAGAGUAUGGAGGUUUGCUCGAUCAUCAGAAUCUCACAACUCUGUACAACAAAUGACUUCCAUUGCUCAUCUGCAGCCAGAUGAGGACAUCACAGCUAAGGAAACUGUAAUUACAAUGGUGGAAAAUGGUCUUGAGAUCAAGUUUGCUGUUAGUCUAGAAUCUGUGCUCUCUGGACAUGAGAAUUGGGUCUACAGUGUCAGGUGGCAGCCCUGUGUAAUCAAAGAAAAUGGAACCACACAUCAGCCAAUGAAGUUGCUAUCUGCAUCCAUGGAUAAAACUAUGAUCAUUUGGUCACCUGAUGUUGAAACUGGCGUGUGGGUUGAUGAGGUUCGUGUCGGUGAUGUAGGGGGAAACAGUCUUGGCUUCUUUGGAGGGCUGUUUGGCCCAUGUGGUCGGUCAAUUCUUGGCCAUGGCUACCAGGGAGCAUUUAACCAGUGGACUUGCAAUAAGGAAUUUUGUGUAUGGGAAUCUCAGGUUACUGGUGGUGGCCAUUUCAACUCAGUUGUGGAUCUGUCUUGGUCAGGUGGUGGCGGUCAUUACAUCCUGAGUGCCAGUACUGACCAAACAACACGACUUCAUGCCCCAUGGGUGAGACAGUACCAACAGCCAGCCUGGUAUGAGAUAGCUAGACCACAAAUUCAUGGUUAUGAUCUGCAGUGCCUGGCAGUGUUAGGGAAGUAUUCAUUUGCUUCAGGGGCAGAUGAGAAACUGGUCCGAGUGUUCAAGGCUCCAAGAAACUUUAUCAAUAACUUCGGUCAGAUUUGUGGACACAGUUUAACUAGUGACUUGAGAAGUGAGGAGUUCUUGUCAUUACCGGAAGGUGCCAAUGUGCCAGCACUUGGUCUGUCCAAUAAGGCAGUUUAUGUUGGAGGAGAUGCAAGCACUAAGGAACAGGAAGAGAUCACUAAACAAGGGCAGUACCCUGACAACUAUUUUACCUCAAUUGAUUUACGAGCUCCUCCUAGUGAAGACCAACUGCUACAGAACACUCUGUGGCCUGAGGAAGCCAAGUUGUACGGCCAUGGCUAUGAGAUAUUCUCACUGGCUGCUAAUCCUGAGGGAACAUUGCUAGCGUCAGCCUGCAAGGCAGCAAAAGCUGAGGUAGCCAAUAUUUUGCUGUGGGACAUGAAGACAAAGAAGGUUUGUGCAUCUCUGUGUGGCUGCACACUGACAGUGACACAGAUGGCUUUCAAUCAUCAAGGCAAUCGUCUGCUUGCUGUCUCGAGGGAUAGGACGUGGGCUCUGUUUAAACAGUCAGAAACUGGUCAGUUUGUCCUAGAAGCCAGCACAGACAAGAGGACUACAUCACAUGCUCGUAUUAUCUGGUCAUGUGCUUGGUCACAUGAUGACAAGUAUUUCUUCACAGCUUCCAGGGAUAAAAAGGUUCUUGUCUGGUCAGUGGAUGCUGUUGCCAGGACCACGCACACAUCUCCACCCAUGCCUGCAGGAUCACUAGUAUUACCUCAUUCUGUGACAGCUGUUUCACUUGCACCAUUGUUUGUUCAAGACGACAGGUAUCUUGUAGCUGCAGCGCUAGAAGACGGUGAAAUCUUCCUCUACACAUGGUCACCAUCAGACUCUACCAGUGAGUGGAGGUUGGCCGCAUCACUGAGUCAAAGUGAAGCACAUCACCUGACUGUGACCCGUUUGGCAUUCCGACCCCAGACUGGAAGACUAGGGCACACAGAGGACAGCUCCAGAUGGCUUCAGCUGGCCAGCUGUGGGGAAGAUCAUGCUGUCAGGGUCUACAACAUUGAUCUCAUGGACUUUAAAAAAAAAAAUUAA